ACGCUUGUCACAGCUCGUAGAAAUCAUGGCUGCCCCCCAGAGCACAGAGUGGAGGACCGUAUGCGAGAAAUUUCGCCUGGCCCAGGAACUCUCCGAGGUAGAGUCGAGAAAAGACCCUGAGAACAACCCUUUCCGGUCGAAAUACACAGCUAGGGACCUGUUGAAGGAAAUCCUUUGUUCACUGAAAAAAAUUCAUAUCGAGGAGGGCGAGGCUGACAAUGAAGCAGACGGUGAGUUCAGGCAGAUGGUGGAUGGAGAACCGGGGAGUGAAUGUGGGAAAGCGUGUACCGGAGACUCUCCCGCCGGUCUGCGAGCAACCAGGCUCGCGGUGGUGCAGUACUGUCUCGGCCUGAACCACAUAGAGACCGAGGAGCUGUCCGCUGGAGAGCAGCAUCUGAUCAACUGCCUGAAACUCAUCGACAGGUGCACAACAACACGGGAGAACGUCUCGUUAUUCAUACAGGCCCGGAAUCAGCUCGGCAUUUUGUGGGCGGGAAGAGAUGAAAUCGAAAAAGCUCAAGGAUUUCUGGAAAUCGCCGAAUCUAUGUAUUUGCUGUACAUGAAAGAGGAUGGUCAACCACCACUGGAUCUUCAAGACUAUUUUGUGUUGGAGGGAGAAGAAUUAUCCCAACAAGAGAAGAUAAGAAGCAGGUUUGAAAUGGCAUAUACACACACACUGUAUUAUCUGGCUCAAGUGUACAAGAAUCUGCAGCAGUAUGAGAGAUCUGGACAGUACUGUCACAGUACACUACAGAGACAGCUGGAGUACAAGCAGUUUGUGCCGCUUGAGUGGGCCAUUAAUGCAGCCACACUGUCACAGUACUACAUCGCCAAGACACGGUACAUGGAGGCUCGUCACUGUUUGGCUGCGGCGAGUGUCAUUGCUUCUCUUGCAGGAGAAAUCCCCUCAGAAGCAGCUGCCAAAGAAAGUGAUGCUGAAUGUGAAAAACGUGAAGAGCUCCUUCAGAAGCGAUCUGAAAUUGCCAGAUGCUGGAUUAAAUAUUGCCUUAAUCUGAUGCAAGAUGCUAAAAAACUUCUUGAGGAUAAUGUCGGAGAACUCGACUUAGAUCGGCAGGAAGAGUUGAAAAGGGCACGUCAGAAUGAAGAAGAAGAUAAAGAGAAGGGAAGAAAAAGUGCCAUCCUUUUUGGUUCAAGUGAUACCUUUGACUCCAUUUGCAGCCUGGAAGAGAAAGUAAGCAGCAUGCUUCCACUAGACUUUGAAGAAGCCCGUAGCAUCUUUCUGGUUGGUCAAAGCUACGUAGCCCAGGCCGAAGAGUAUUUCGCAAUGGACGGUCACGUGACAGAUCACAUUGAGAUCUUGCAGGACCAUAGCGCUCUCUUGAAGGUCCUGGCCUUCUUUGAACAGGAUCUAGAACGCCGCUGUAAAAUGCACAAACGUCGCGUCGACCUGCUGGAGCCAGUCUGCAAGGAUUUAAAUGCUCGGUACUAUCUGUUAAUCUGCCGACAGCUGCAGUUUGAACUUGCAGAAACCUGUUACGAGAUGAUGGACCUGAAGUUGGCUGUGGCCGACAAGCAGGAUGAGCCAGAUGUGCACACCAUAAAGAAGUUUAACCACUUGUGUUCCUCCUCAAUGAAGUAUUAUCAGAUGUUCCUCGACUCCAUCCGCUCACCAGAGGGGAAGUUUCCUGAAAAGCUCGAGGAGGACCUGUUAAGGCCGGCGCUGGUGGCCAAAUUCCGUGUCGCCAGAUUACAGUCCAAGCUUAUUUCCAGUAACCUGGCCGCCCAACUGGAGAAUCUCAACCACUCCCUGGAAUCAUACAGUUUCAUAGUGCAAUACUGUGAGGAGAACCCAGAAGCCAAGAAGGCUGUUGAAACCGAGCUUGAGUUGAGUAAUGAGAUGGUCUCCCUGCUUCCUCUUAAGAUCAACAGAAUUCGAUCCAAAAUGGCCUCCUGCAACUAACAGGCUGUUGAAAACCGUUCAUUGUUGUCCUGUCGUAUAAAUACAAACACCUGACAAACAUAGACUACCCGUUGUUCAUUGCCAGAUCUAAUGAGCCUUCCUAGGACCACCUUGUAAGAAACUCCUUCAACUGGAGGACCAUUUAUCACAAUCUCUUGUGGACUGAUGUAACUGCAUGAUUUACCGUAACUAAUUUAUUUUCAUUGUGCAAUGUACAAUUGUAUUUAAUGCAGUAAAAUGUUUGUUUCAAAUAUUAGGAUUGGUAUGUUUAGCUGGCCCAAGAUUUAACAUAUAGCUGUAUAUUAAAGAAUUUUAUGCCAAUAAAUAUGGAUAAUAAAAAGAAAUCAAAAUAGGCCUGAAAUCAAAAUUUGCUUAAAAAGUACUCACCAUCAGGCCAUCCAAGAUGUGGACAAGUUUGUUUCUUAACAGAUUUAGAGAAACGUAGCACUACGUCAUUUCAUCUGCUGUAAAUACUGUAGGUGCCAUCAGAACGACAGUCCAAACAGCGAUUAAAAACAUCACAAGAAUCCAUAGUAUCUUACUCCAGUUCAUAAAAUAAACUUUUGUGCUGUACAAAGCUGCAUGUUUGUAAGAAGAAGAAAAAAAAGGCAUUUUAACUUUUAAGUCAUCUAUAAUCCAAUGCUUGCUUCAGUGAAAAGGUCCAUCUUCUGUCCUCUUACAUCAAAAUCCACCAACAUGUUUGUUUAGAAAUGUUUUUUAGACUGUUUUCAAAAGUAAACGGUGUUUGAUCUGUGCAUAUUUCUCUCCUAAUUCAGACAAGAGUACUUUUGACUGGAUAAAGCAAUAUUAUGGAUAGACGACUCAAGUUAAAAACGUUUUAAUGUUUGUGUAAACUAUUCCUUUAAUUGUACUUUUCCAUUUACAUACACACAUGGCUUAGUUUAGCAGCCAUCAUUCUGCAGCCACAGCCAUUAUAGCUGGCAGAUUAUGCGCCUGAAUGCAAAGAGGAAAGUACCAGAGACUACAUUGCUUGUGCCAUUGAAUUGAGUUCAUGUAGCAAAAAUACUUAGAAUUUCUAGU